AUGGCACAAACAGCUCAAGAUGCCAUCUUAAAGAAGCCCCAUGUAGCCUUCCUCUCAUUUCCAUUUGCAAGUCACCCAAUGAGUCUUAUCACCUUCGCCCGCCGAAUAGCGGCGGCGGCACCGCAAAUAACGUGCUCGUUCUUCGGCACAGUGAAAUCUAAUGGUACAAUCUUUGCCAGCAUUGGUGAUGAUGAUGAAGGUCUUCAAAAUCUAAAAGCUUAUGACAUAGACAAUGGAAUUUCAGAAAACUAUGUUUUCAAAGGGAAGCUAUUGGAAGAAAUCGAGCUUUUCAUGAAGGCGGCACCGACGAACUUUAGAAAGGGUAUGGAGGUAGCAGAAGAGAAGGAGAAGAAGAAGAUUACUUGCGUUUUGAGUGAUCCCUUCCUAUGGUUUGCAGGGGAGCUGGCGGAGGAGAUGGGAGUCCCUUGGGUGGCGGCUUUUUCCGGCGGUCCUUUUUCACUUACCACUCAUCUCUAUACUGAUCUUAUCCGCUCUACCAUAGGAGUUGCUCCAAAUGGAAAGGAAGAUGAAACACUCGAUUUCGUUCCAGGUUUAUCAGCAUUACGGGUUCGUGACUUGGUAGAUGGACUUGUCUCUGGGAACUUAGAGUCUAUAUUUGCUCGUAUAUUAGAUCAAAUGGGCCAGUUGCUGCCACGGGCAACUGCGGUUUGCAUCAAUUCGUUCGAGGAAUUGGAUGCGACGAUCAUCGAUACCCUCAAAUUGAAGCUCCAAAGGUGUCUCCCAAUUGCACUCUUCAAUCCUGAAUCAAAUUUGGAUAAAAAUGGAUGUCUCCCAUGGUUGGAGAAGCAGAAACCUGCUUCAGUAGCAUACAUUAGCUUUGGUACAUCAGCUUCUCUGCCACCCCAUGAAUUGGUUGCCUUGGCACAAGGACUAGAAGCUAGUAGAACACCAUUUUUAUGGUCUUUAAAGGACACAUCUCAAUUACCAAAGGAAUUCAUAGAUAAGAUAUCAAAGCAUGAGAUUAAUGGACUUAUAGUCCCAUGGACUCCUCAAUUUUGUGUCCUACAACACAGAGCAGUAGGUGUGUUCUUGACACAUUGUGGAUGGAAUUCGGUAUUAGAGAGUUUGAUAACUGGAAAGCCAAUGAUCUGCAGGCCAUUCAUGGCAGACCAAUGGACCAACAGUCGUAUUAUUUCUCAUUUGUGGGGGAUUGGUUUACAACUCGAUAAUGGGGUUUUCACCAGAGAUGGAAUCAUUAAGGCACUGGAUUUGGUUUUGUUCAAAGAAGGAAGGAAAAUGAGGGAGAUUGGUGAGGCCCUUAAAGAGUUGUGCAAAAUUGGAAUGGGACCCAAUGGUAGCUGCACUAGAAAUUUUAAUUCUCUCUUGCAAUUACUUUCUACUACCUAAUACCACAACGAAU